AUGAAAUCCAACCUUCUUUUCAUCUUACAUACCUUGGCACUUUCCGCGCUGGUCGCGGACGCCAGCUUCUCUCGUCGCCGUCCCCAUGAUAACAUCGUACACCGUCGUGAUUUCGGUGGGGGUGGUAUCUUGCAUGACUUUGAGAACGACGUGUCAUCCUUAUUUGGCGGCUUUACUCAAGACCCAGGUGCUUCUUCCACAAGCUCGUCAACUUCUUUAUCACCGUCUUCUUCGUCCUCGUCGGCUUCGGCAUCCACCAAUACGCGAACUCGUGCUGCGGAAGUUUCCUCAUCAACACCAGAUGCAAGUUCUUCAGCCAGCUCAUCCACCGGCUUCAACCUAGGACAUGGCCUUAGCAGCUGGCUCAAUGGCAUCUUCGGUGGUCAGUCGAAUCCAACCACUGUGACAUACAUGACAAAUCCUAGGGAUGGACGUCUUCUUGGUGGGAAACCAAAGAUGGGACUCGCAUGGCCAAAUGGGGGCAGUAUGAACAUUACUCGUUUCCUGAACUCGAAGAUCUCUUGGUUCUAUUCAUGGGAUUCAGUACCUGGAUUCUCGCCAGUACCUGAUAAUGUGACGUUUUGUCCUAUGCUUUGGGGAUCUAGCAAAGCUGGGAAAUUCAAAAGGCAUGUGACCGAUAAUCCUGAAAGCCACACCAAUUCCGGCAAGUGCGUCAUGGCUAUGAAUGAAGUGAAUCAGCAGGGUCAAGCUAAGAUGUCUGAAGGCACAGCCUGCUCGCUCAUGCGAGAAUACAUCUUGCCUCUCAAAGACCAUGACUAUUAUGUUGUCUCACCUGUCACUACGAAUGCGCCGAGCGGCAAGAAGUGGAUGCAGAACUUCCGUGAAUCUUGCUCAGAUGUGUGGGAUAACAUCAAUGCAGUAGCUGUACACUUCUACGGCACCAAUACGACUGAGUUUAAGGAUUAUGUGGUUGACUGGCAUCAAACAUUCAACAAGCCUGUUUGGGUGACCGAAUACGCUUGCCAGAAUUUCAACGGCGGUGACCAGUGCUCAGACUCCAAGGUCUUCAACUUCCAUAUGGAAAUGUCUGUCUGGUUUGACGAGCAAGACUUUGUUGAAGCAUAUGCGCCAUUUGGUGUCAUGCAAAAUAUGCAGGAUGUGAACACUGCGAACCAGCUUGUUGAAAAUGGGAACCCCAAUCUCAUGUUCAAUACUCUCUCUGGACUCCCUUAA